UCACCCAAACCCAAGUGAAGAGAAGCAGCAAAGAGAGAGCUUUUCCAUCCCCAAAUCCCCUCCUCCUCCUCAAACCCUAGCUAAGCUCCGCUCGCAGCAGCCAUGGAUCCCACCAAAUCCAGCACGCCGCCGCCGGUGAUGGGCGCGCCCGUCGGCUUCCCGCCUGGCGCGUACCCUCCGCCUCCCCCCGCCGGCGCCGCCGCCGCCGCCUACGCGCAGCAGCUCUACGCGCCCCCCGCCGCCGCGGCGGCGCAGCAGGCGGCGGCGGCGCAGCAGCAGCUGCAGAUGUUCUGGGCGGAGCAGUACCGCGAGAUCGAGGCCACCACCGACUUCAAGAACCACAACCUCCCCCUGGCCCGCAUCAAGAAGAUCAUGAAGGCCGACGAGGACGUCCGCAUGAUCGCCGCCGAGGCCCCCGUCGUGUUCGCCCGCGCCUGCGAGAUGUUCAUCCUCGAGCUCACCCACCGCGGCUGGGCGCACGCCGAGGAGAACAAGCGCCGUACGCUGCAGAAGUCCGACAUUGCCGCCGCCAUCGCGCGCACCGAGGUGUUCGACUUCCUCGUCGACAUCGUGCCCCGCGACGACGCCAAGGACGCCGACGCCGCCGCGGCCGCGGCGGCGGCCGGCAUCCCCCGCCCCGCCGCCGGUGUGCCGGCCACCGAUCCGCUCGCCUACUACUAUGUGCCCCAGCAGUAAUGUAUCUGAUUAACCCCUUUCAAGCCUUUUCUAAGCGAAGGAUGUGUUGUUGUUUGUUGUUGCUGUUGCUGUUCUUGUUGUUGUUGUUGCCGCGUAAUAAGAUAUGUUGAUAAUUUAUGGCUUCCCCUGAGCUUAAAGAAUUUGAGCUUUUGGUUCUAGAAUCUGGGUAAAAUUGUUGUAAUGGGGAAGACUGUAUGACUGUAUUUGUAGUGCAUGUCUUAACUUGUCGGAUAGUGUAAUCCGAUAAUUAUUAUGCGGUUAGCUGGUUACCUCUCAUGAUUACUGUGCUCAUGUGCUGUGCAAUUUAUGUUCUUUGUUUUGGAUGUACAAUGCUGUAACCAGAAUUUGGUUGUGUAAGGAAACUAUUAAAGGUUGUGCGA